UGGAAUAAGUCAACAAAGGAAACACCACUGGAAUACCACCAACAAGUAACUGAAUGUGUCGAAAUAGGGUUACUCUGCAUGAACUUUGACGCCUAUGCAUGACCUUCCUCUAUGUCGCAAAUAAUGAGCAAAUUUGUUGAGAUGGAAAAUACGAAGAUAAAUCCGCUUAACUGGGAGGAUGACAUGCUUGGAGUUGAGCCACUGGAGCUACAGUUUGAGUAUAAUGAGCAACAACAGAUUUUAUCAUGUGCAGUUGUGCUAAGCAACGAUACAGAUGGUCCCAUUGCUUUUAACAUUCAAUCGACAAGCCUGUUGCCAUACUCCAUUGAGUCAAAUAAGGACAUUGUGAAACCACAUUCUAAAUGUAGCGUGGUCAUUGCACUGCCAGUUACUAGUGCACAGGAUCAUAAGGCAGCACUGCCAUAUAGUGCUAAUAAUAAGCAAUACUCAAAAGACUUCAUCGUGCGAAGUAUUAAAGUGAAUGAAGGUCUUACAACUAAGGAUAUCAACAAAGACAUGUUUGAUAUACAUGAAGAGGGUCACCACAUUGAUGAGAUUUAUUUGAUAGUUGUUUGUGAAGAACCAUGCAACAAUGAGUUCAUCAAGUUUCAAAGGGAGCAGAAGCAGAAGCAGAAGGAAUGUGGAAGCUCCUCCUCAGUCACCGUUUCUCCUCCUCCUCUGGAUGCUUGUUCAGCUGCUCAGCCAACCGCCAUGUCGAGGUGCCAUUUGCAGACGUAUGUGAUCAGGGUAGACAUCACCGCCAAGCGAGACAAGGUCUUGCACAUCAUUGAGAAUACACAUGGGUUUAAGUCAAUUGAGGCAAAAUGGGAUGAGGGGAUGCUAACGGUGGUGGGGCAUAUGGACGUGAUUUCCCUCUUAUCGAGGCUGAAGAACCGCCAGUUUAGACCGCAACUCAUCAGCGUCGGGGAAAGCGAAGCCUGACCCACCCAAACCCGUACUAGUACAUCGACACCAUCGUCUGGGCGUCACUCUACAAUCCCAACAUUGUCAUAUGCUACCGAAAGACCCCCGACGCGCAUGGAUG